AAAGAAGACAAUGAAAUCAAGAAUGAAAACCCACCGCACAUAUAUAAAUUUCAUCAACAUAGAAAAGUAGUCAAAAAGAAUAAAAAGAGAGAAACUUAAGUGGUGAGAUAUGGCAGAAGUGAAGUUGAUUGGCUUUCCACUAAGCCCUUUUAGUCGUAGAGUUGAAUGGGCUUUGAAAGUUAAGGGAGUUGAAUAUGAAUUUAUAGAAGAAGAUCUACAAAAUAAGAGCCCUCUGCUUCUUCAAUCGAACCCUGUUCACAAGAAAAUCCCAGUGUUAAUUCACAAUGGAAAGUCCAUUUGUGAAUCAAUGGUAAUUGUUGAAUACAUUGAUGAGACAUUUGAAGGCCCUCCAAUCUUGCCUAAAGACCCUUAUGAUCGAGCUUUAGCGCGUUUUUGGGCUAAGUUCCUUGAUGAUACGUGUAUACCAGUAUUGGGGAAAGUAUUGUUUGGCAGAGGGGAGGAGGCAGAAAAAUCCAAAGAGGAAUUUGGUGAGCUGUUGAAGAUUCUUGAUAAUGAGGUCAAGGACAAGUUGUUCUUUGUGGGAGACAAAUUUGGAUUUGCUGAUGUAGUUGCUAAUUUUAUGGCAUUUUGGCUGGGAAUUCUUGAAGAAGCCUCUGGAGUUGUUUUUGUGACAAGUGAAAAAUUUCCAAAUUUUUGUGCUUGGAGAGAUAAUUACAUUGAAUGUAGCCAAGUCAAGGAAUAUUUACCUUCAAGAGAUGUGUUACUUGCCAAUUUCCAAACUCGUUUCCAAGCUGCAGCUACUCCAAAUUGAACACUUAUUUAUUUGUGAAAAAUAUCAAUAUUGGUUGUGGCAAUAAAACUAGCCAAGCUUAGCCAGCUUUUCACUUUGUAUGGUUGGCAGUAAUCUUUAUGUUUCUAUUUUGCUGGUUUGUUAGUAAUUGUAUGAGUGUGUAAUUAAUUUCUUCCAUCUAUAAAAUUACCUAUUAGUAAA